UCUACUUUCGAGAAGAGAAAGUCCCGCGAAUAUGAGCACGUCCGGCGGGACCUGGACCCCAACGAAGUGUGGGAGAUCGUGGGCGAGCUGGGCGACGGCGCCUUCGGCAAGGUUUACAAGGCCAAGAACAAGGAGACGGGUGCCUUGGCCGCCGCCAAGGUCAUCGAGACCAAGAGUGAGGAGGAGCUGGAGGACUACAUCGUGGAGAUUGAGAUCCUGGCCACCUGCGACCACCCCUACAUCGUGAAGCUCCUGGGCGCCUACUACUACGACAGCAAGCUGUGGAUCAUGAUCGAGUUCUGUCCUGGGGGAGCUGUGGAUGCCAUCAUGCUGGAGCUGGACCGUGGCCUCACGGAGCCCCAGAUCCAGGUCGUUUGUCGCCAGAUGCUAGAAGCCCUCCACUUCCUGCACGGCAAGAAGAUCAUCCACCGGGACCUGAAGGCUGGCAACGUGCUGAUGACCCUGGAGGGCGACAUCAGGCUGGCUGACUUUGGUGUGUCUGCCAAGAAUCUGAAAACUCUGCAGAAACGAGAUUCCUUCAUUGGAACGCCUUACUGGAUGGCCCCCGAGGUGGUGAUGUGUGAGACCAUGAAGGACACUCCCUAUGACUACAAAGCUGACAUCUGGUCCCUGGGCAUCACUCUGAUUGAGAUGGCCCAGAUCGAGCCCCCGCACCACGAGCUCAAUCCCAUGCGGGUCCUGCUCAAGAUCGCCAAGUCGGACCCCCCCACGCUGCUCACACCUUCCAAGUGGUCUGUGGAGUUCCGAGACUUCCUGAAGACGGCGCUGGAUAAGAACCCGGAGACCCGGCCCAGUGCUGCGCAGCUCCUGGAGCAUCCCUUCGUCAGCAGCGUCACCAGUAACAAGGCCCUGCGGGAGCUGGUGGCUGAGGCCAAGGCCGAGGUGAUGGAGGAGAUUGAAGACGGCCGGGAUGAGGGGGAAGAGGAGGACUCCGUGGACGCCGCCUCUCCUCUGGGAAACCACACUCCCGACUCUUCUGAGGCGAGUCAGGUGAGCCUUGAUGCCGACAAGCUUCUCAAGGAACCAUCUGUCACUGCAGUGCCACCCAGCCCGCCUCAGGACAGUGAGGAUGAGCCCAGCCAGCCAUCUGGGGAAAGAUCUCUCCAAACCACCGGCCCUCCAGGUGUGGCCCCUGGAGGUGAGAAUGGCCUGGCUGUGCCUGUGCCUCUCCGGAAGUCCCGGCCCGUGUCAAUGGGUGCCAGAAUUCAGGUAUCUGAGGAGAAGCAAGCCGCUGACCAGGCUGGGGACCUCAGUCCAGCAGCCAAGCGGUCCCAAAAGACAAGUCAGAGCCGUCCCAUCAGCAGCGCCCUGGAGACCUUGGGCGGUGAGAAGCUGGCCAACGGCAGCCUGGAGCUCCCUGCCCCAGCAUCCCCUCGCCCUUCCAAGAGGGACUCGGACUGUGUCAGCCUGUCCACCUCUGAGAGCAUGGACUACAGCACCUCCCUGUCCGCCGACCUGUCCCUGAACAGAGAGACGGGCUCUCUGUCCCUCCAGGACUCAAGGCUGCACAAGAAAACCCUCAAGAGGACCCGCAAGUUUGUGGUGGAUGGUGUAGAGGUCAGCAUCACCACCUCCAAGAUCAUCAGCGAAGACGAGAAGAAGGAUGAGGAGAUGAGAUUCCUCAGGCGCCAGGAACUCCGAGAGCUUCGGCUGCUCCAGAAAGAAGAGCAUCGGAACCAGAACCAGCUGAGCAGGAAGCAUGAGCUGCAGCUGGAGCAGAUGCAUAAACGUUUUGAACAAGAAGUCAACGCCAAGAAGAAGUUCUUUGACACAGAGCUGGAGAACCUGGAGCGUCAGCAAAAGCAGCAAGUGGAGAAGAUGGAGCAAGACCAUGCUGUGCGCCGCCGGGAGGAGGCCAAGCGGAUCCGCCUGGAGCAGGAGAGGGACUACACCAAGUUCCAGGAGCAGCUCAAGCUGAUGAAGAAGGAGGUCAAGAACGAGGUGGAGAAGCUCCCCAGGCAGCAGCGGAAGGAGAGCAUGAAGCAGAAGUUGGAGGAGCAUGCACAAAAAAAGCAGCAUCUUGACCGAGACUUCCUAGCCAAGCAGAAGGAGGACCUGGAGCUGGCGAUGAAGAGGAUCACGGCUGACAACAGGCGGGAGAUCUGUGACAAGGAGCGCGAGUGCCUCACUAGGAAGCAGGAGCUCCUUCGAGACCGGGAGGCGGCCCUGUGGGACAUGGAGGAGCAUCACCUGCAGGAGAGGCACCAGCUGGUGAAGCAGCAGCUCAAAGACCAGUACUUCCUCCAGCGGCACGAGUUGGUGCGCAAGCAUGAGAAGGAGCGGGAGCAAAUGCAGCGCUACAACCAGCGCAUGGUGGAGCAGCUGAAGGUGCGGCAGCAGCAGGAGAAGGCGCGGCUGCCAAAGAUCCAGAGGAGCGAGGGCAAGACGCGCAUGGCCAUGUACAAGAAGAGCCUGCAUAUCAGUGGGUCGGGCAGUGCCGCCGAGCAGCGCGAGAAGAUCAAGCAGUUUUCCCAACAAGAAGAGAAGAGGCAGAAGUCGGAGCGGCUGCAGCAGCAGCAAAAACAUGAGAACCAGAUGCGGGACAUGUUGGCACAGUGCGAGAGCAACAUGAGUGAGCUGCAGCAGCUACAGAAUGAAAAGUGUCACCUCCUGGUAGAGCAUGAAACCCAGAAGCUGAAGGCCCUGGACGAGAGCUAUAACCAGAACCUGAAGGAAUGGCGGGACAGACUUCGGCCACGCAAAAAGGCUCUGGAAGAAGAUCUGAACCAGAAGAAGCGGGAACAGGAGAUGUUCUUCAAACUGAGUGAGGAGACUGAGUGCCUGAACCCUACUACCCCAAACAAGGCCACCAAGUUCUUCCCCUACAGCUCUGCGGAUGCUUCCUAACAGCCACUAGGGGCUGUGGCUGGCAGGUUGGCGGGCCUCCGGGCUCUGCCAUUCUCUGUGAACAAGUAACUCAGGACCCCUUCCCUCUUGCUUCAAUGCCAGCUCAAAUCCAGCCCCUUGCCUGUGCAACCCCAGUGUUCCUGAUUUUUCACUCACUUGCGGAGGGUGAGGUUUUACUGUGUGUCAACUAAUCUUAAUAUAUGUUCUCUUUGAAGCCCAGGUCCCUUCAAGCUGUCAGUGAUUUGGGUUGAGGGUGGGGCCAGGGUCUAAGAGGAAUGAGCAUUCUGUAGCCUCGAGGCCCCUCCUAUUUGCCAAAACACCAGUUUUUGCUGUCUAUGGGUGCAAAGUGCUGCAGCUGAAGUUACCGUGGGCUCGUCCAUAUACUGUAAUUCUUGGUGGCUUUUCAGCCAUUGCCUUGCAGUGUCAGACAAGAAUCACGGCUCCAACAGCGAUCUACUCAGGAGGUGCCCUCAUUUCUCCAGUUCCCCCAAUUUGCUUUCAUGAGACCAUGUCUACAAUGGGGGAGAGCCAGAAUUGUUCACUCUGCGGGUCUCAGGUGUUUCGUGCCAUCUUGUGUCCCCCAACCCCCCUUCCUGCACAGUCACAUACAGAGGGCUUGGGUCCUUGGCACUACCCAGGCUUGCCACCACUCUGGGCCUCUUGUGCCAGGUGGGUUGGAACACAUUUGCUGCCUGAGCCAUCGAGCAUGGUAGGUGGAGCAAUGGUAGGGGUGUGCUGGGUACUGGAACCAGAGGCACCUGAUGGCACAGGGUGAACAGUCUGUGAUUCCUUUUUGCCCCCACGUGGUAGCCUGUGUUCAGGGAUAAAUUCCUCAUCACACAGCACUUCCACAACCCAGUCUCUUUCCA